UCAUUGCACUCAUUKUCGUUGCAACUAAUGAUGCUAGCAGUCAAAAAAGUAAUAAGACCUCUAAAAUUCAUGUUUGUAGCACGGACAGUUCGCAGRCAAGGGUUACGGCAAAGAUAACAUCUUCACGCGGUCUCUUCGAUGAUCUAACCCCGGACGAAAUAAACAAAGUCAAUAACUACAUGCUCUCGGUCAAGUCACUCAACCUAAAAUCGAAGUUAACAAAACUCAGCGACAAUACUAUCGCUCUUAUYAAGUUCUACCCGCCGUCUAAAGAUGCAGCCUUGGCUUAUUUGGAUGARGGCAAAGAAAAGCCAGAGAGACAGGCUAUUGUUGUGAUAUUCAAAGGAGCGGCUCAGCCCCCGAUAGUYGAGGAAUACCUUGUUGGCCCAGUAUCUGCACCRARUAAACACGAGCUGCUGAAAGUAGACGGUCGGUCGUACCCUAUCAACUUCAACGCAAGGCCUGGCGCUARUCCGUACGAAGAUGGAAUCCUACAUUCUCAAAUCGUCAUACCAAUGGCCACAAAACUCCACCGCCUUUUUAAAGAAAGCUAUGACGGGUAUACUAUGAUCAACUGUGCUGACAAGUGUUUAUUUUAUCAAUUUAGUGCACCUUUCGGACUUACUAGCAAGACGAGAGAAAACUGGUAUGCGCUAAUGCGCUACGAAGUGGCAUUUUAUUCUCAUCCUUUGAAUUUUGAAUUUUACGUGAAUCAUGCUGGUAGCAACUCGUCAGAAUGGCGCAUAGAAAAGUUGUUGUACAACGGGCAGCUUUUCAACUCUACUGAAGAACUAAUGGAUGCCUAUGACAAAGGAAAACUCGUCAAGACAUUUAUUCCUGACCCUGGAAAGGACAAAGUUUUCUCUACUUACGAAAAGCGCGGAAAGCAGCAGCCUUCCAAACCCAGUCGAGGUCCUGAACAGUACGAGCCCGAUGGAAAACGUUACUCUGUGAAAGGUAGACAUAUCGAGUACAUGAACUGGGCUUUUGACUUCCGAGUUGAUUCAUCAAGUGGACUUCAAGUAUAUGAUGUAAGAUUUGGAGGGGAAAGGAUUGCGUACGAGAUCAGUCUACAGGAGGCUAUAGCGACAUAUACUGGCUAUUUUCCUACGCAAAWGGGUAUAUACUUCCUGGACAGUAGUUAUAUGAUGGGAUUUAACUCACACGACCUGGUUCAAGGUAUGGAUUGUCCAGGAACAGCGACGUUUUACGACCUGGUCCACAUGGUGUAUACCGAUAAACCACAAGUUAUCAAAAAUGCUGUCUGUGUGUUUGAAUGGAACACUGGAUCACCACUAAGACGACAUUACGAUAACGACUUUAUGGGGCCCGAANCAAAAGGAUACAGAAUACAGCUAAAUGGUAUCAUGAAGCAGUUGUAUUCAGAAGACUGGAAGAUGGUACCAAUGAUAAGUUGGUCUUUGUAUCAGUUGGCUGUCACGAGGCACAAAGACAGUGAGAGAGAAAGUACRUCUAUUUACAACCAGAACUCGCCUACUGACCCUCACGUUGAAUUCAACAAAUUUCUAGCAGACAACGAAUCUAUUGUCAAURAAGAUCUUGUUGCUUGGGUAACCACUGGAAUGAUGCACAUCCCUCAUUCGGAGGAUAUUCCCAACACAGCCACGGUUGGAAGUUCAGCAGGGUUUUAUCUCCGUCCUUUUAACUACUUUGAUGAGGAUCCAUCGAUGGGUUCGAGUAACGCCAUCUUGAUWACACCCACUGACAAGAACUACAGUCCUUCAUUCCAACGUUUUGGUACCCCGACUGGUCCUGUGUGUGUUCCUAAGGAAUAUCCUGUUACUUUCGAUGGGAAAUACUGAAUCGUGAUUUUAUGCUUGAUUUGGCGAAAUGCAUCUUGUUAUUAUCGGUCACGUACUUAAUUUGAUGAAAUUUUGAUUAAAUAAAAUACAAGA